ACUGCAAUGUUGUUCUCAUACCGUUUUCGUCGACCAAAUCUGCUAUUUCCCGCCAAAUUCCGCCCCCAUCAACACAAAUUCCCAUCAUCGUCACAGCAGGCAAAGCAUCCCUACAAUGGCAGAGCAAGAGGAAGGAGAAAACCCUGCCUCCAUCGACGAGCUGCACAAGCUCGAGAUCCCGACUCGACGAGUCAAGAACAUCAUGAAACUCGACAAGGAUAUCAACAAGGUCAACUCCGAAGCCCUGUUCCUCGUCGCCUCCUCCACCCAGUUCUUCCUUCAGUUCCUCGCUGAGAAAUCGGCGCACGCCGCCGUCGAGAAGAAGAGAAAAACUGUAACAGUCGAACACAUUCGACUUGCUACCAAACGACACCGUCCGACUGCUGAUUUUCUGCUCGAUUCUCUCCCGAUGCCUCCUCAGCCGACCGAGAAGAAUCCACCGGGGGAUCGUGCUAAAUCGCGGCCAGAUAAGAAACCCGUUCCUUUCGCCACUCGUUCAAUUGAUGCUUUCUUUCAAAAGACUACUUAAAAUUUCUGUUCCUGUUAGGGUUUGAUCGUGGAGGGUGUAAUAUAAUUGAAAAAUUAUCGUGCUAGGGGAUGUUGUUGGUGAUACUCAUUUCGAGUUGUUUCUAUAACUAUGUCGAGAUAAAGUUAUGGAAGUAGUUUAUUCAAUAUUA